UCUAGAGACCCAUCAGAUCUACUCCACAGCAGGCCAGGCUCCGCUCCGAACUCCCCGAGGAGUGGCGAUCCCCGAGGCCCCCAGUUCCCCAUGGCGCCGACGCUGAGCCUGGAGCCCGCGGGCCGCAGCUGCUGGGACGAGCCGCUGAGCAUCGCCGUGCGCGGCCUGGCCCCGGAGCAGCCCGUCACGCUGCGCGCGGCCCUGCGGGACGAGAAGGGCGCGCUCUUCCGAGCCCACGCGCGCUACCGCGCCGACGCCCGCGGUGAGCUGGACCUGGCGCGCGCGCCUGCGCUGGGCGGCAGCUUCACGGGGCUCGAGCCCAUGGGGCUGCUCUGGGCCAUGGAGCCAGAACGGCCUCUCUGGCGCCUGAUCAAGCGCGACGUACGGACGCCAUUCGUGGUGGAGCUGGAGGUGCUGGACGGACACGAGCCCGACUGCGGGCGGCAGCUUGCACACGAGGUGCACGAGCGUCACUUCAUGGCUCCCGGGGUGCGGCGCGUGCCCGUGCGCGAGGGCCGGGUGCGCGCCUCGCUCUUCUUGCCUCCAGGGCCUGGACCCUUUCCUGGAAUCAUAGACCUUUUUGGAGUUGGAGGUGGCCUUCUGGAGUAUCGGGCGAGUCUGCUGGCAGGGAAAGGCUUUGUUGUCAUGGCUCUGGCUUAUUAUAACUACCAGGACCUCCCCAAGGACAUGGGCGUUAUCCACCUGGAGUAUUUUGAGGAAGCUGUGACCUACCUGCUCAGUCACCAUCAGGUCAAGGGUCCAGGAAUUGGCUUACUGGGGAUUUCCAAAGGGGCUGAACUCUGCCUCUCCAUGGCCUCUUUCCUGAAAGGCAUCACGGCUGCUGUCAUAAUCAAUGGCUCGGUGGCCAAUGUUGCCAGAACCUUAAAAUACAAGGAUGAGAGUCUGCCCCCUGUGGGCAAUGACCUAAAUCGAACCAAAGUAACCAAAGAUGGCUUUUCAGAUAUGGUGGAUUUUCUGAAUGUCCCUCUGGAAGGACCUGACCAGAAGAGCUUCAUCCCCGUGGAAAGGUCUGACACGACCUUCCUGUUUCUUGUUGGUCUGGAUGACCACAACUGGAAGAGUGAGUUCUAUGCCAGAGAGGCCUCCAAACACCUGCAGGCCCACGGGAAGGAGACGCCCCAGAUCAUCUGCUACCCAGAGACCGGCCACAAUAUUGAGCCUCCUUACUUCCCCUGGUGCAAAGCUUCAAUACACACUUACUUUAACAUCGUUGUGAUCUGGGGAGGGGAGCCCAGGGCUCAUGCCAUGGCCCAAGUGGAUGCUUGGCAGCAACUCCAGACUUUUUUCCAUAAACAUUUGAGUGGGGACAAGAGGCCAAUCCCAGCAAAACUGUGAUUUUCUCUGAGUAGUGACUUUUCUGGUGCUGAUCCCUCCUGAGAACAGCUGCCCCCCAUUAGAAUGGGAAUGUCUUUUUUUCUUUCUCUUUUUGAUGAAGGUAAACUUUCCCCACAAGGUUUCCAAUGGAUUGUGUUUGAGGACGAUUGGGUCUUACUUUCUUAUGGUGCCCAGGACAGAGCUCGGCCAGGGCUUGUGCAUAGCAGGCUAGCACUCUGCCGCUGAGCCAUCCCUUUGAGCCUUAGCAGGCAGCAAAUUUUAAGAACCUUAAGAGGUUGAGAAGCAUUACUACUCUGUGGCACAGCGUGCAACUGAUAAUGUGUCAGUGCCAACUACAUAAUGCAAGCCAAUAACUAUUCACUGAAUGGAUGUUCAUAAAUAAAUCCUUAACCUCUGUGCCAGAAAGCAUGCGCAGUAGCCCCUCGUGCAGGUGAGUUCUUCAUUGCAGAGUCUACCACCUAUGGAUCGGACCUACUUGAAAAUGGCACUAAAUCUCCACUGAACAUACAGGGGCCUUUCAGGUCAUUUUUCCUUAAGCUUUAUGCUGUAGUGUAAGAGCUGUUUGCACAGUGUUUUAUGUGCAAACACUAUGACCCUACACUUAGUGAUAAAACACAUAGUGAUCUUAGUGUUUUAACAUAGAUUUUCUGAUUACAUGCCAAUUCCACACCAUUUUAUAUGAAGUAUGUGAAUCAUUGCAGUUUUUGGGUCCAGGUACCAAUCGUUUACGAAUGCCAGUAAACAGCUGUAAUAUAAAACUCAUUACAAUAUCAGAUUUGGGGCUGGAGAGAUGGCUCAGUGGUUAAGAGCACUGAUUGCUCUUCCAAAGGUCCUGAGUUCAAUUCCCAGCAAGCACAUGGUGGUCCACAACCAUUUGUGAUGGGAUCUGAUGCUCGUUUCUGGUAUUUCUGAAGACAGCAACAGUAUAGACACAUACAUAAAAUAAAUAAAUAAAUCUUAAAAAAAUAUAUCAGGCCAGGUAGUGGUGGCGCAUGCCUUUAAUCCCAGCACUUGGGAGGAAGAGGCAGGUGGAUUUCUGAGUUCAAGGCUAGCCUGGUCUACAGAGUAAGUUCCAGGACAGCUAGGGCUACACAGAGAAACCCUGUCUCAAAAUAAAAAACAAAAAACAGAAAAACAACAAAAAAAUACAUCAGAUUUUAAUUUCUCCUCUUAGAAUGGAAGUCAUAACACUUUA